AUGGAAGAGAAACGCAUCAAAUUACUUGAGAUAUUCCAUGAAACUCGAGACUUUUACCAGCUAAAAGAACUGGAGAAACUAGGCCCAAAGCUAAAGGGAAUAGGAGUUGAGCAUAUUCAAUUGGAGCAGCUGCAGGCCAAAUUAGAUGCAGCCAAAGAAACCCAAAGCUCUCAUCAAUCCCAAAUUAUUGAACUAAAUUCAGCGAUUCACCUCGCUAAAUCAGAAAGAGCAGAGAGCGACGUUCGAACUACUGCACUAAAGAACCUCAGUGAACUAAAGAAAGAAUUGUCAACCCUGGAAUCCGAGCUCAAUGCAUAUGGCGAUUCUAACCCUGCCAAGGUCGAUGAGGUGAAAAGGGCGGCUUUCCUCGCCAAAGAAGCGACUUACCGCUGGACUGAUAACUACGGAAUACUCCUUGGACAUUUUACAAGGCAGACUGGGGUUGGGGUCGACGAUCUUCGUCAAUAUUUGGGUAUAAACGAGGACUACGAGGAUCUGGAGUGA